AUGGGGACAUCUAUCUACGAUGAGGUUGUCAUUCAAACUGCAGAAGACCUUUUAAAGGAGGCUAGUAUAGAGCCAGUGCAAUGCGACAAUUCAAUUGCUCCUCUGGAAGCAGUGGCUAUUGACCCAACAGAAGACACGGUCAAUGAAGUUGACUCCGGUUUAGAGCUGAAAACGCAGUGGCGAGCUGUGUCACCGGCAAAAACGGGGAAACAUGUGGAUAUGUCAGAAAAAGCAGUGAACAUUACUCCUUCCCGGUUCUCUGCUUUGGAAACAGAGGAUUCCGAAAAUGAAGACGAUGCGAUAGAACCAGAAGCCGGUGAGGUGUAG